CGUAGAAAUAACAGAGUCUUUUUCCGUUUCAUUUCAUUUUCGUGCGAUGCGUGUGUUGUGUGAUUCAUGUGAGCAAUUAAGUCAGUGAUAAAUAGCUCUUGAAUUUUCAAUGUAAAGAAAAGAAAGAGUAAUCAAAAUGGCCGUUAUGAGUGGUUUGAGAGUUCUUCUAUCUUCCAAAUCGAGGUCAGUGGCGCCACUCGUUAAAUCAUGGCGGUCGGCGUUGUACUCUUCCUCCGCGGCGGUGGUGGCUGAUGAAGGUUUCGAGAGCGGUGCGUAUUUGAAGGAUUAUGCUGAUUAUAGAAGAUCUCUGUACGGUGAGAUUACUCAUAAGGCUCUUCUUGUUGAUGCUGUUGGGACUCUUGUUCUUCCUUCUCAACCUAUGGCUCAGAUAUAUAGAAAGAUUGGGGAGAAAUAUGGAGUGAAGUAUUCAGAGGAAGAGAUUUUGCAUAGAUACAGAAGAGCUUAUAGUCAGCCUUGGGGCAAAUCUCGUCUCAGAUAUGUUAAGGAUGGUAGACCGUUCUGGCAAUACAUAGUUAGUAACUCUACCGGCUGUGAUGAUUCUCAAUACUUUGAAGAACUUUAUAACUACUAUGUGACAGACAAGGCAUGGCACCUGUGUGAUCCUAAUGCAGGAGAAGUGUUCAAAGCUCUUAGAAAAUCAGGUGUAAAAUUGGCUGUUGUGUCAAAUUUUGACACUCGGUUAAGACCUCUCCUGCGGGCAUUGAACUGUGAUGAUUGGUUUGAUGCUGUAGCAGUAUCAGCUGAGGUUGCAGCAGAGAAACCAAAUCCAACUAUAUUUCUUAAAGCGUGUGAACUACUGGACGUAAAACCCGAGGAUGCUGUUCAUGUCGGGGAUGACCGCCGUAAUGAUGUAUGGGGUGCUAGAGAUGCAGGCUGUGAUGCCUGGCUUUGGGGAAGUGAUGUUCACUCUUUUAAGGAGGUUGCACAGAGGAUCGGGGUCCAGGUCUAAAAACAGGAUUAUGCUUCAAGCCCUUUGAUCUGGAGCGUUUGAUUGGUCGAGUGAUGGAAGUUGAUCGAAAGGUAUGGUGCCUUUCCCGGGUUGAAGGCACCGAAGCCUCCUAUGCAAUAAGUUGAAGAAUGUUAUGCAUGUAAAUAGGAUUAUGUUAAUAGUCUUUUUAGGCCUUAGUUACAAGGAUGUACUGAAAGAAAUGUGAGACUGGAACUUGUGAAACAGAAAUGAAGGUGUAGGUAGGAGCUUUAAUCUUUCCAUUCA